GUUCGUCAGGGGUGUGCAGUACACCUUUACGACACUAUUCACGCUGGAGCUGCUGAUGCGAUUUCUGGCCUUUGGUUUCAGACGCAUGUUCUGCGAAGAGGACUGGAUCUGGAGCGCGCUGGACGUGGUAAUUGUCGUGAGCUCCCUCUGGGAGACGGCGCUGGACAUCCUCUCCAGCAAUACCAACACCAAUAUCUCAGCUCUUCGAGCGUUUCGCAUUAUUCGACUCACUAA